CCUUUGCGAGUGAGCCUUCCCCAGCGGCGUGGGAACCCCCCUCGGAGACCCAGAGCCCCGAUUGAGGCCUCGGUCGGGUUCAUGGGUGGGUUUUUAGGCAAAAUUUCAUGUGAAGUUGGAGAAAAAUUCAUGGGGCUCGCAGAAGGCAUAUUGAUUUACCGAGAGCAAGUCUGAGAGGAGCCGAUGCACUCGCUGUAUUUCUGUAAUUAGUGAUUUUCUCGCCCUCUGCCAGGCGCUUUGUGUGCAGAGGUUCUGUAAUUUGGAACACAGUCCGCGCAAGUUUCUCCAAAAGACUGUUAACAUUAUUUUCAUUAACAUUUUAGGAAGUUCACACAAAAUGAGAUCAUGUUUUGCCGAGUCGUACCAACGCUUCGGAUAUGCAUCUGUUUUGGUAAACAGUGCAGGACUCGGAAUACGCCCAUUAUCGCGGUGUUGGCAGCCCUGGGAUCAUCGGGCGGUUGUGCAUCAAAAUGACAGAGUUCGGAACCACGCCAUUUGAAGCAGAUUUGAUCCUGGGCAGCCAGUUCCUUCCUGCACUAGCUACUAUUGACAACGAGAAUGGAGAGCCAGCAGCUAGAGUAGGCGUGCUUCAGUGUCGACGUUGUGCAGCCAGCUUCUUGCAGGUCCGCGAGGCAUUGUCUCACUACCGGUUACACGUGUUUGAGACGCACAAGGAGCACUUUACAGUGGUGGUUGGGGGUGCUUGUCCUUUGCCAGGGUGUGCCCUUGGAGGCGACAAGAUCCCUACUAUACACUUCCAUUGUGCAUAUUGCUGUUUUACAUCUACAGAGAUUAUGGACCUUCCACUGCACAUGGAGAGACGCCAUUUAGCCUUCUACCGGGAAGUGAGCUUAGUUCUUCGUGGAGAUGACAUACAGCGCACCAAGGUAUACACAUGUGGGGAGUGUGGCAAGAAAAUCCAAGGUACUGUAUCCAUAGUCCAACAUUUCUUAGCUCAUGAUUCGGACAUGGUGAGGUCUGGGGCUGCCUUAAGUACCAUGUUAAAUGGUGGUGAACAUAAAGACAUGGAACAGUUGCUGCUCAACGGUGACGGCAGAAGUGAGAGUGAGACUGUAGGAAAGGGUCCAUUGCAUACAAAUUUGUGGGUGCUGGAGACCAGACUUCAGAAUGGCUCUGAAGAAGAUAAAAAAUGUGGGGAGGAUGAAAGCAGUCAGGAGAGACUAAGUGGUGCAGGGAUGGAAGCGAGAUGUUUGCAGGGUGUCCCUGUCUCGGCUAGUCAUAUGAACAUCCCAGUAACUCAGACCUUAGACCUAGGAACCCUCCUCCAGAAUGGCAUCAGGGAGAGUGAAGUGACUGAAAAUGGAAAUGUGAUUGAAAAUGCAAGCUAUAAUACUAAUUUCCAAGAACCUUUACAAGUAGAAAUUAAUCCCUUAGACUUGUUGACAACUGUUAUUGAAGAAGACCAGAAAAGUGAUAACCCAGUUCUUCCUGCUGAGCACUUCCUUCUUAGUCUUCCAACUCCAACGCAUUUCUUAGAGGGUGAAGGUGGUGGCCAGGAAGAUUCCACAGACGGCUUUCAGGAUGGCCAGGAGAACGAUGACGAAGGCAGCAACGAUGGCUUUUCUGAUAUACCUAGUGACAUAUUGCUCGACCAUCCUGGGAUAUAUCAGUGUGAUAAGUGUGAAGAAACAUUUAAAUAUCAAUAUCUGUUGGUGACGCACAAACAUCAGGUGCAUCAAGGUGUUAAUGUUCCGUACGAGUGUCAAGUGUGUGGCAUGGAAUAUGUCGUCCUUCAAGAGUUAAAGCGUCAUAUGAUGACGCACUCGGGAGCCACUAUCUUCACGUGUAAUGUGUGCAGCCAAGGCUUCUCAGAUCGGGCAGCUCUCAAAACACAUGCCCUAUCCCAUGGGGGUACUACGGAAAGAGCUAGCAAGUGUGAAUCUUGUGCGUGUGAAUUCCCCUCCAAGUCUGAGCUUACUAGACAUAUUGUCAAGUACCAAGGAACCUGUAAUCCCAACAAAAGUGAGGGAGUAAAAUGUGCCACUUGUGGAGAAGAUCUUCCUACGCUAGAGGCACUGAAAGAGCACCGGCGUACAGCCCACCCCACACCAGAAAUGACGCCAGGGUCUGGUAAAAAAGGAUUUGAAUGCGACUAUUGUGGCAAGACCUUUAACUGUCGCUCUAACCUUAGAGACCAUUUGGUUGUUCACACUGGUGAGAAGCCAUACCCAUGUGAUAUUUGUGGCAAGUCAUUUAGCUUCAUCCACAACAUGAAGACUCACAGACUGACGCAUAAUGAAGGGCGGAAUGAAGUGUGCCCUUAUUGUGAUAAAGCCUACAAGAGCAAGAUCUCGCUCUACUACCACAUGAAGAAGGGCAACUGUAGAGGACUCUCGACCAAAGAGGUGCCAGAAGGGUAUCAUCGAUGUACUGAGUGCCUGCAGAUGUUUGCCAGCGAGGAACGAUUUAAGAUUCACAAGGACAAAGGUCACUGUCAGAUCUCGCACCGCUGUCCACACUGUGGCUUGAGAUGCUCGACGGAAACACGCCUUCAGAAUCAUAUUCAAAAGGGUGUCUGCCAAAAGAAGGACUCUACAUCAACCCCACAUUCGUCAGACACGCCCAAGAGACGUCGUUUAAACAAAGAGCGUGAGAAAGCUCAGGAGGAGAUAGUGUGUGAUCGCUGUAACUAUACCAAAGACUGCUGUUGCACUUUCUCCUGCAAUCAUUGUGGUAAGCGAGUUUUCUCUAUCAUGGCAUACACUUUGCACUCGGAGAGAACGUGCCCCGUUCUCAAGCACAGACGAGAACGCAUUCGAAUGGCAAUCAUGGAGAAGAGGCGGCGCAGAGAGGCGUUAGCUCCAGCUGCAAGAGACUUCCUGGUGCAGCCUGAGCCCACAGUUGAAGUAGAAAGAAAAGUUCAACCUCACAGAGACUAUUUCAGAAUUGGAAGUGAUAGAAACAUUGGUGAGAAUGAUGUUAAAAGAAAAGCUGCCAAUAUUAAAGCAGAAGUGAAAAUCAAAGAGGAAAUAAUUGAGAAAGCUGUAGUUGUUGCAAGCCAAGAGGCUGAAGAUGGAGAUGACAGUAGUUCUGGCAGCCUCACUGAUCUCUCGACAUUUACCUCGCCAAAUAUUCUUCAACCAGUUACUAAUCCUACUGAUGAGUGAUGAAAUGUUUUCAAACUGUUAGUACUUGGGUCGGAGAGCUGUAGGUAUAGACAAAUAUUUAAUUUGUUCCAAGGCCUUCAUAAUUUUAGUCUUCAAAUCUACAGUGCUGACAAAAAAAACAAAAUCAUAAAAUUAAAAGUUAAGCAGAAAUGCAUGUAAACCCAAGUGAAAUAAACUCGUAAGCUGAGCUCCGAGAAACUGAUCUAGUACCUGACUUUUCAUUGUGCCAAAGAAAGGCUAGUGUCAGGGGUGGUAUAUUAGGGAUGCAAUACAGGGUGUCGUUAAAUUUUCCAGGUGAUGUUACUUCUUGUGUAUAAUUUUUUACGUAAUUAUAUGACACUAACCCAAUUUUGAUAUUGGUAUUAAAUUUCUUAUGAGACCUUGCUGUCAACCCCAAGACAGUGUUACUGGUAUUGAAAGAAUUUUCCAUAGGUGAUGACAAUGGCUUAAACAAUACUUCGGAUUAUUAGCUAUUCAAAAGUCAUUGGUUAAGGUUUUGUUAAAGUGAAAAACCUUUGACAUGUUUUUGUAGUUGGCGAGGUUCACAGGUGAAAGGUUCUUUAUCUCCUAUUGGGAUCUAGAGUACAUGUUUUUGUACUUAAAAUGUAAAAUUAAAAAAAAGUAUAGAGAACUUUAUUUAAAGCAAUGCAUUUGCCCAAAAUAUAGAUAGAAAACAAAACCCAAUAAGGAAAUAUUAAAUCUUCUAUGCCAGUUCUGUGUAAAUAUAAUUGUUCUUAAUAUGCUUGCCAAAAGUUAUUUAUAUAUGCAACUGAUAUUCAGUUUGCUCUAUAUAGGUCACAUGUAUUCAGGAAGCAUCUGUCACCCAGUGUUGGUGUGCUGGCAACACCACAGUAAUGAUGACAAUUGUCUGCUUUAUUAAAAUUCAAAAUAGUUGAAGUGCAUAGUUGACAAUCUAGAAUUGAGCAGGAAAUGUCCAACAAGUUGUUUAUAGAUAAGAAAAUUUGAAGACAAACAAUUUGAAAGUACUUUCAAAUCGAGAUGAAAAUGUUCUCAUGUUUAGUUGCAUUGUAUGCUUUUCCGUUCUUUUCGGUAGUUGUAAUUAGUUCUCAGAGAUUUGUAUUUGCUAACCAUAAAAUGGCAUUUAUAUAUUAAAUGAUGUUGAAGUGAAAUCAUUCAAUUAUUUCGUAGGGGUGGUUAUUUUCUGGGGGUAGCCCCGUCGGCUCCCCUGAGCUUAUCCAGGCUGAUAUGCUAAGGUCAGACUUUGGCAUCGGUCAUGUGUAUGGAGUUCUGUGGGCCUACUGGUGACCACGAGCCAGAACUUG